AUGUCUCUUGUUCCUACAACUCAUGUGGCUCUCUUGCCAAGCUCUGGCAUGGGCCAUCUCACUCCAUUUCUCAGACUAGCAGCAGUGCUUCUCCAAAACCAAUGCCAUGUGACUCUCAUAACCCCUCAACCAACAGUCUCAAAAUCUGAACAAGUUCUUCUCUCUCACUUCCACUCUUCAUUCCCUCAGGUGAAUAAACUUGAGUUGCAACUUCUUCCUUCUCAAGAUAAUGAUGCAAUUUCUACUGACCCUUUUUACCUCCAAUUUGCAUCCAUUCGUAGAUCUUCCCACCUUCUCUCUCCUCUUCUUGCUUCACUUUCUCCGCCUUUAUCCGCAUUCAUCUUUGACAUGACAUUGAUUUCACCUGUUCUUCCCAUUGUUGAAAGCCUUUCUGUCCCUCACUAUAUCUUGUUCACUUCUUCUGCUACCAUGUUCUCCUUCUUCUCUUACUUUCCAUCUGUGGCUGCUUCGACGUCUUCUUCUGAUGGCGUCCAGAUUCCAGAAGUUGGUACUAUACCAAGAUCGUCAAUCCCUCCACUCCUCUUGAACCCAACUAGUCUAUUUUCUAAAAUUUUCAUGGAGGACGGUCCUAAGCUCAAGAAACUUCAUGGAGUUUUGAUAAACACUUUUGAAGGACUUGAAGGAAAUGUCCUAAAGGCUCUUAACAAUGGAAAAGUGGUGAAGGAAUUGCCACCUAUCUAUGGAGUUGGUCCUUUUGUACCUUGUGACUUUGAAAAAAUUGAGCAAACUGGAGUUACAGUUACUACUCCAUUGAACUGGCUCGACGAUCAACCGGACGGUUCGGUGGUGUAUGUUAGCUUUGGAAGUAGGACUGCUAUAGGAAGAGAUCAAAUAAGAGAGAUAGGAGAAGGGUUGGUGAGAAGUGGAUACAAGUUUUUGUGGGUGGUGAAGGAUAAGAAAGUUGAUAGGGAAGAAGAAGGAGAAGAGGAAGGGUUAGAAGAAGUAUUAGGAAUUGAGCUUAUGAAAAGGAUAAGGGAAAAUGGGUUGGUGGUUAAGAAAUGGGUGGAUCAAAGUGAGAUUUUGAGUCACAAAAGUGUGGGAGGGUUUGUGAGUCAUUGUGGUUGGAACUCAGUGAUAGAGGCAGCAUGGUUUGGUGUACCAAUCAUAGGGUGGCCUCAGAUUGGAGACCAGAAGAUAAAUGCUGAAUUGGUUUCAAAAGGGGGGUGGGGUGUGUGGAAGAAAGAAUGGGGGUGGGAAGGUGAAUGUGUGGUGAAAGGUGAAGAGAUUGGUGAGGCUAUAAAACAGAUGAUGAAUGAUGAAUCUAUUGGUAUCAAAGCAACACAAAUUAAAGAGGCUGCAAGGAAUGAUAUAAGUGUUGGUGGUGGAUCUAAGGUUGCAAUUCAAGCACUAAAGGAAGUGUGGAAGAAAAAAGUUUAA